AUGAACCCACAAUCUUCCUCGGUCUCCCUCGCCCAGCCCGAACACCUCCGUCGACCCUCUGUGAGCUCAAGGUUCUCCUAUGCCGUUUCUACAGCCGAGCGCGGCGAAGACGGAAAUACCCCUGCUAGCAACCAGAUCGAGGAGGAGAUUGCUGAAAUCAAGAGAUAUGAGGAUUUCACUACCAUAGACUGGGUUCAAGAUGCAGCCCAAGAACGCAUUCGACGGAACAUACAACGGAGGAAGACGGCUGGAUUAUAUGACCAUGGGAGAGUUUCCUGGCGAUACCAACUAUGGGAAUCUUAUGAUGCGGCACAAGGAUGGAUUGUCGUCACCCUUAUAGGCGCCGCCAUCGGUCUCAAUGCGGCGUUCCUGAACAUCAUCACCGAAUGGCUUGCUGAUACAAAGACUGGUUACUGUACGACAGCCUUCUAUCUGAACGAGAAAUUCUGCUGCUGGGGCGAGGAUAACGGUUGUCCCGAAUGGCAUGAAUGGGCUGGUUUCGAACCCGUCGAUUAUAUCAUAUAUAUUGUGUGUGGGACUAUAUUCGCAUUCACGGCUGCUACGCUGGUGAAGUCCUUCGCUCCGUACGCUGCCGGCUCGGGUAUCUCGGAAAUCAAGUGCAUCAUUGCUGGCUUCGUCAUGAAAGGCUUUUUGGGCUUCUGGACACUACUAAUUAAGUCCAUCGCUCUUCCUCUGGCCAUCGGGUCAGGCCUCUCUGUGGGAAAAGAGGGCCCGAGUGUACAUUACGCAGUCUGUACGGGUCAUGUUAUCUCGAGAUUCUUCCGCAAGUAUAGGAAUAACGCAUCAAAGACGAGAGAAAUCCUCAGUGCUUGCGCUGCUGCGGGCGUGGCAGUCGCCUUUGGCAGCCCCAUCGGGGGCGUUCUCUUCUCCUUAGAAGAGAUGUCAAGUCAUUUCCCGCUGAAGACCCUAUGGAGAAGCUACUUCUGUGCGCUCGUUGCGACGGCAGUGCUAGCCGCAAUGAAUCCAUUCAGGACUGGUCAGCUUGUCAUGUUCCAAGUCAAAUAUGACAGAUCAUGGCAUCUCUUUGAGACUAUCCCCUACAUAUUCAUUGGUAUCUUUGGAGGUUUAUAUGGUGCCUUUGUUAUCAAGUGGAACCUCCGGGCGCAAUCGUUUCGGAAGAAGUAUCUUACGAAAUGGGCAGUCCUGGAAGCAACCAUUUUGGCUGCAGGAACAGCUAUCAUCUGCUACCCCAACGCAUUUUUGCGAAUCGACAUGACAGAAAGUAUGGAGAUUCUGUUCUUGGAGUGCGAAGGUGCCGAAGAUUACCGGGGUUUAUGUGAGCAGGACAAGAUGUGGUCCAAUAUCAUAUCUUUGACACUGGCGACAGUGAUCAGGAUCUUUCUAGUUAUUAUUUCCUACGGUUGUAAAGUACCAGCAGGAAUAUUCGUCCCCUCAAUGGCUAUUGGAGCUUCUUUUGGCCGAACAGUUGGAAUCAUCAUGCAGGGCAUAUAUCAUGCACACCCAGAUAGCAUGUUUUUCUCAGCUUGUCCACCAGAUGGACCAUGCAUAACGCCUGGAACUUAUGCCUUUUUAGGUGCCGCCGCGGCGCUCAGCGGCAUCAUGCAUAUCACAGUUUCGGUUGUGGUCAUUAUGUUCGAACUUACAGGCGCCUUAACCUAUAUUUUACCUACCAUGAUCGUUGUGGGCGUUACCAAGAUCGUGUCAGAGCUGUUCGGCAAGGGCGGUAUUGCUGAUCGUAUGAUCUGGUUUAGCGGUUUUCCUUUCCUUGAUAACAAAGAGGAACACAACUUUGGUGUUCCGGUAUCAACUGUCAUGACCAGCGAUGUGGUGUCAAUUCCUGUCAAUGGGAUGACUCUUGAGACAAUCGAAAACUUACUCAAGGAACCACAUUACCAAGGUUUCCCUAUUGUUGAGAAUACACGGACCAACAUUCUCGUUGGAUACAUCGGUAGAACGGAGUUACGAUAUGCUAUCGAUCGUUUGCGCCGCGAUCGAGCAGUGGCUGUGAAUCCACAAGCCAAAUGUAACUUCUCUCCAGCAGGUGUCAACCCUGCGCUGACACCCAUGACACCGACCGUUACGAUCAAUCACAUGGACCUAAGCAUGUCAUCGGCCUCAAUCGACUUUAGUCGCUAUGUGGAUGCUACACCGGUCACUGCACACCCGCGACUACCACUGGAGACAGUAAUGGACAUGUUCCGAAAGAUUGGGCCUCGGGUGAUUCUAAUCGAGCACCAUGGCAAACUUACAGGGUUAGUAACGGUCAAAGACUGUUUGAAAUACCAGUUCAAAGUGGAAGCGGCCGAGAAUCCACGUGAGCAGCAUGAGAUUGCUAAGGGACAAGAGGAACUGUGGCGUAUCAUGGAGAGUAUCGCUACAUGGUUUUCGGACAAGGUGGCUGAUCUCAGCGGCGGUCGUAUCAGGCUUGGAGGCGGGAGUGAGGAGUCGAGCGCCUUGCUACGCGGCGAUGGUCAGAUCAUGGACGGCGAUGAAGAUGUUGGCGAUGUUGAUGGCGUUGAACUGGCAAAUAGAUGA